AUGACAAAUAGUAUCAGUGACUAUCCUUUGUGCAGUAGUCAGUAUCCAGCUGGCAAUGUGGACGAAUUUCAUCCUUUUGUGGAAGCGUUAUUGCCGUAUGUGAAAGAAUUCAGUUACGUAUGGUUUAAUUUACAAGCUGCGAAGCGAAGAUAUAUGAAAAGAAACGAAAAGCGAAUGACAGUCGACGAAGAGAAAAGUUGUAAAGACGCAUUAAUGAAUGAGCGGGUGGAAAUAAAGCAGAAAUGGGCAGGACGAUUGCUUGGCAAACUAAGGAAAGAUAUACAACCUCAUUGCCGAGAAGAUUUUGUCCUUUGUGUCACAGGACAGAGACCAGCAGUAUGCAUACUAUCUAAUCCAGAUCAAAAGGGAAAGAUGCGACGAAUCGACUGCCUACGACAGGCGGACAAAGUGUGGCGUCUUGAUCUGGUGAUGGUCAUUUUAUUCAAGGGGAUUCCUUUGGAAAGUACGGAUGGUGAGCGUUUGGAAAAAUGUUCCGAAUGUACAUUUCCAAGUUUAUGUGUAAAUCCUUAUCAUAUUAGUAUAGCUGUGCGCGAAUUAGAUUUGUUUCUGGCGAAUUUUAUACACACAACGAAUCCAGAUGCUGCUGAGGAGGAGAGUGAUGAAAAAGAUCCUGACAAAUUGGCAGUGCAUGAAGGUAUUUGGGGAACUGGUGUGUUUACUGCUUAUGAAUUGAAGACCCUGACAAGACCUUCAAUAAUAACACUGGUUGAAGGCGAAGCACGUAUACCAGCAGAAAUUAUCCCACAAAAAGAAGAACCGUAUAAUGAUUUGGAAUGGCAAUCAUCUAGCAGCCCACCGCCGUCAUCAUCAUCACGACGACACGGUGCUCCUACUUCUGCUCCAACUAUAGCGGCGGAUUAUCGAGUAUCUGACAGUCAUGAUGUCAUUGAAAGCAGUGAUACCAGGAUACGAGGCAGUAAUUUGAGUGGAUCAGGUGGAACACCUCAGGUGGGAGCAAUGGUAACAAUCGCUGAUGCGCUAGAUGCAGACUUGGCGCAUCCAGACUUUGAGCAUCCGAAUCUCUUAGCUGAUGAU